AUGGAGCCCAACAGCCCCAAAAAAAUACAGUUUGCUGUACCACUGUUUCAGAGUCAGAUAGAUCCUGAGGCAGCUGAGCAGAUCAGGAAAAGAAGGCCUACACCAGCAUCACUUGUCAUCAUGAACGAACACAUGCCCCCAG